CGCAGCAUUCAGGCGCUCUGAUUGGCCAGACCUCCGUCCUCAUCAAGUGACGUAAGAAAGCGUAAAAUAAUCUGUACACGUCAUGUAAAGGCGACCGCGGUGGCCGGAAGCAGUGAGCAGCAACAGUGACUGUUUGUUAUUGAUUACUAAUCAUUUAAUAACUGAUACACUUUAUUGAUCCCUUCAGCUUAGAGGAACAACCGGGAAUGUGAUUCUUCUUCGGUCCUGUUGGCGGCAGUGGCGGACAGCCGGAAGUUCAGAGAGCGCGAAGAAGAAGAGCUGCUAGCAGUUAGCCGUUAGCUUCCUCCGUCAUGGCGGAGCUGAACCGACAGCUGCAGGAGUACCUGGCCCAGUCCAAAGGCGGCGGCACCAACACCAUCUCCCAGUCCGGCUCCAGCACCGCGGUGGACCUGGACGACCCGGAGCCGGUCUCUGGGAGCUGGUUCGGGCGCUGGUCGAGCCCGUGGACCGGGAGUCCGUCCGGACAGAGCUCCGGUGGAAGCAGCAGCUUCUCCUGGCCGUGGUCUGCGGACCCGGACCCCUGCCUGCCGGGGCUGAGCCGCCGGCAGCGGCUGCUGGGCUCCGCGCUGUGCGCGUCGUUCUCCGCGCUGUGCUUCGGCCUGUCUGCGCUCUACGCGCCGCUGCUGCUGAUCUACGCGCGCAAGUUCGCGCUGCUCUGGUCGCUCGGUUCGCUGUUCGCCAUCGCUGCUGCGGCGCUGCUUCGCGGCCCCAGCAGACUGGCCGCCGGCCUGCCCACCUCCCCCGGAGCCGCCGUCUACCUGUGCGCCCUCGGAGGGACUCUGUACGCGGCGCUGAGCCUCCACAGCACCGUGCUGACCGCGCUGGGAGCCGCCCUGCAGGUCGCGGUCAUCGUCGGGUCCGUAGUGUCGCUGCUGCCCGGAGGGAGCGCCGGGAUCCGGUUCAUGGGAGGGAUGGCGGCGUCCGCCAUCAAAAGGACCGUGACCGGGAAAACCAUGCCGAUCUAACCGGGGACAGAGCGUCACACAGCGGACACACUCAGCCCCUGCGCGGGCUCUACAGACUGAGUCCCAGUACAGGGUCCGGGGGCCUCCAGGGGCCGCCGAGGAGUCUGCAGCGGGUCCAGACUUUAAUUCACUGUUGAUACAUUCCAGCCUGCUGAUUAUUGAUUAUUGGCUGCUGACAGAUACUGACUGUCAGCUGAACCCUGACCUACAGGAACAUACAAGAGUCUGCCUACUGGGGAUCAAUAACUUCAUCCUCUACACACACAGACACACA